UAAGCUAUCGCGCGAUUUCCCGCGGAAGCUCGCAGAGCCGCAUUUGUGUGGCGUGUUGGCUAAAAAGCGCCCAACUUUGACAACUUCCAUGUAAAAGCUUUACAGUUUGUUUUUCUCUUUAACGUGAAUUACACUCGGGAGUCGUCGCCACCAUGAGUAUACUCGCCAAAAUAGCAGAAAUUGAAAAUGAGAUGGCCAGGACGCAGAGGAACAAGGCCACAGCUCACCACUUGGGUCUGCUCAAAGCACGUCUUGCCAAACUGAGGAGGGAACUCAUCACACCCAAAGGAGGCAGCGGGGGCGGACCAGGAGAAGGUUUCGACGUAGCAAAAACCGGCGAUGCCCGUAUUGGCUUUGUCGGUUUUCCUUCGGUAGGAAAGUCCACACUGCUAAGUAACCUUGCUGGCGUGUACUCUGAGGUUGCUGCCUACGAGUUCACCACUCUUACGACAGUACCUGGAGUCAUUCGGUAUAAAGGUGCCAAAAUUCAGCUCUUGGAUUUGCCAGGAAUCAUUGAGGGGGCCAAGGAUGGCAAGGGCAGAGGCAGGCAGGUCAUUGCAGUGGCUCGAACCUGCAACCUAAUCCUGAUAGUCCUAGAUGUGUUGAAGCCUCUCCUUCAUAAGAAGCUAAUAGAACACGAGCUGGAGGGCUUUGGCAUCCGACUUAACAAGCAACCACCCAACAUCGGUUUCAAGAAAAAGGACAAAGGAGGCAUCAACUUUACUGCCACGUGUGCACAAUCGGAGCUGGAUGGCGAUACCGUUAAGAGUAUCCUGGCAGAGUACAAGAUCCACAACGCCGACAUCACUCUGCGCAGUGACUCCACAGCUGAUGACCUCAUUGACGUCGUGGAGGGAAAUCGAGUCUACAUCCCAUGCAUUUACGUGCUUAACAAAAUCGACCAAAUCUCAAUUGAGGAGCUUGACGUCAUCUACAAGGUGCCCCACUGCGUCCCCAUCUCUGCCCACCACCGCUGGAACUUUGACGACCUCCUGGAGAAGAUGUGGGACUACCUGAAGCUUGUGCGCAUCUACACCAAACCCAAAGGCCAGCUCCCUGAUUACACAUCUCCUGUGGUGCUGCCCUGCGAACGAACGGCAGUCGAGGAUUUCUGCUUGAAGAUUCACAAAAACCUCCUCAAAGAAUUGAAGUAUGCGCUUGUGUGGGGCUCGUCUGUGAAGCACAACCCGCAAAAGGUGGGCAAGGACCAUGUGCUGGAGGAUGAAGAUGUUAUCCAGCUGGUGAAAAAGUAAAGGAGAAAAAAAAAGGGGGGUCUUAUUUCACUGCAUGGCCUGUUUACCACAAAGUGUUCUGUACAGUUGCUCAAUAAAUCACCGGACAUUUCUCGUUGGAGCAUCUGUGUCAUGGCGGUUCCAAGAUUAGUGCUUUAAUUUAAAAAUGUAUGUGCGACAUUUUAAAAGAACAUACAGUACUUGACACCAUGAAUAGUUCAUAUUGAAUAUUGGUUGAGGCUUGCAUUAAAACCUAAAAAAAACUGUAUAAUAAAAACAUGAUGACA